AUGCUCAAGUACGCAUUCGACACCACCAUCGCUUGGUUCCUCGCCACCGCCGUCUACAUCUCCCCCGCCGAGGACGAGGUGGCGCGCCACAUCAGCUCGAAAACCCCGCUCGAGGCCCUCUCUGUAUUUGCUCCUCGUCGGUGUCCCCGCCGCUGCCGCCGACGUUUGUUGAUGUGCGCCGGUAGCGGUGCUUGUUUUUGGUCGGGAGCUGGAGGGACUAUCAAUAGCAUUAAUGUUGUUAUUUCCUACCAAAUCGUGAGUCGCCCCCGUCGGACCUAA